AUGCAAGAGGAACUGCAAGCUCUGGUGAGAACUGAUACAUGGCUGAUCACUACUUUACCACCGGGCAAGAUUCCUAUAUCUUGCAAAUGGGUUUACAAGAUAAAAUUCAAGGCAGAUGCUACGGUGGAAAGAUAUAAGCUUGAUGAGGAGAUAUACAUGACAUUGCCUCCUGGAUUGGAAGUCCAACAACCAGCUCCAGAAUCUGGAAGACUUGCCUCAGCAUCAGAUCAUUCCUACUUCUUCAAGAGAUCUAAAGAUGGUGGUUUCUUUGGAGUAGUGAUCUAUAUGGAUGACAUUCUUGUUGCUAGCAGUGACACCACAAUUAUUACCGAAUUUAAGGAGUUCCUUGCAGCUCAUUUCAAUGCUGGCCUACUUGGUUGUAAACCUUCUACUACACCUAUGGAUUCAAGCAAACAACAACAACAAGAUGAGGGGGAACCUCUUACUGAUCCAACAGCUUACAGAAGAUUGAUAGGACGACUUGUGUAUCUGUGCAUUACUCGACCUGACAUCACUUUUGCUGUUAACAAGCUUAGUCAAUUCCUAUCAAAACCUCACACUGGCCACAUGCUUGCAGAUUGGGCAGCUUGCCCAGACACUAGGAGGAGCAUCUCUGGCUUUUGUUUGUUUCUAGGGACUUCACAGCUAUGGCUCUUGCUUGUUGUGAGGUGGUAUAGAGCUAUGGCUCUUGCUUUGCUCAAAGACUUUGGCAUAUAA